UUCCUACAAAAAGUUUUUUUUCAUUUUUAAGGGCUCGACUAGAGUCUAGAAGUCUCUAAUUAAAGUUCGAGGGAUUUGAUCUGUUCUGCCAUACUGCUGAUGAGACAGCUAAUAAUAUGACAUGACUGAGCACCUUAUCUAACUUAUCAUAUGUCUGGUAAACUAAGUGGUGCGAACUCUUCAUUUUCGAUGCCACACUUGUGUCAGAUUCUCCAAAAAUACUCUAUUUUUGGAGAGUCCGACGCAAUCAUUUUCAUUUUUGAAGAGUCCGAGCAACAUAGCUGGUAAGUACAACUCCCUGUCAGAUUCAUGUCCUUAUCUUAGCUUGCUGAUAUUGACAUGACACAUAGCAAAUUAUGUGGUGUCCAACAUGGUGAUCUUGAAAACGCGUAACUCAAAUAUGAGACCAUGCUUUCCUUUUCCUGGUCCAAUUUGACAAUCUUAUUUACAUUACUCUCUUUAUAAAAUGUAAAGGUGAAAAAGAAAUAGUCCUUAACAAGAAAUGGAUGUCCUCGAAUUUACUCUCUCUCUUUUGAUUAUCAUCAUGUGUUUUACUUGUUCUACAUGGUGGUACCUUAGUAAUAGAUGGUGGAAAUUAAGCUCAGUGCCAACAAAUUGGCCUCUUGUUGGAAUGUUGCCUGGGCUUGUUCGAAAUGCUCAUCGUGUCCAUGAAUAUGCAACUGAUGUUCUUGUAGAAACUAAGGGAACUUUUGAGUUUCAUGGUCCUGUUCUUGCCAACUUCAACAUGUUAGCUACUAGUGAUCCUGCAAAUAUCCACCACAUCCUUAGUAGAAAUUUCUCAAACUAUCCAAAGGGUGUUGAGUUUCGUAAAAUUUUCGAUAUAUUAGGAAAUGGAAUCUUUAAUGUUGAUUCAAAGCUAUGGGAGAUUCAUAGGAAAACCACAAUGUUCUUAAUGCAUCACGCCAAGUUCCAAACUUUGUUGGAGAGGAACAUAUGGGACGCUAUCGAAGACGGACUCCGACCGGUUCUUGAUGCUUUUGCUGAACAGGACACCCUGUUUGAUUUGCAAGAUAUUUUCCAGAGAUUCACUUUUGAUGCUAUCAGCAAAUUGUUACUUGAUCAAGAUCCCAAAAGUUUGUCUAUUGGUUUACCUCAUGUGCCAUGCGAAAAGGCCUUUAGCGAUUUUGCAGGUGCAGUUAUGUACAGACAUUUCUUGCCAGAAGGCUGUUGGAAAUUGCAAAAAUGGCUUAGAAUUGGUAAAGAAAAGAAGCUCAUUCAAGCAUGGGAAGCUUUUGAACAGUACCUCUAUCCUUGCAUUUCGCGGAAGCAAGAAGAGUUGAUGCAUAACAGUACAAUCAAAGACGAGGAAUCCACAUUUUUAAACGCCUACAUCAAAAUGUACAAUCAAUGGGAAAAUGGAGAUUUGGGUACUCUGCAAACAUUUCUAAGGGACACUUUCUUGAAUUUGAUGUUUGCUGGGAGAGACACCACAAGUGCCACUCUCACUUGGUUUUUCUGGCUCUUAUCUAGAAACCCCUUAGUAGAGAAAAGGAUUAGGGAAGAGAUUCAACAACAAUUGCAUCUAAAAGAUGAUGAAAAUCUCAAGUUUCUCAAAAUAGAAGAAACAAGAAAACUAGUCUAUCUACAUGGUGCUUUGUGUGAAACCUUGAGGCUCUUUCCACCAGUUGCUAUUGAGCAUAAAAUACCACUUGAAUUUGACAUUCUUCCGAGCGGUCAUCGUGUUAAUCCAAACAUGAGAAUUAUCCUAUCGUUCUAUACAAUGGGAAGAAUGGAAAGUAUAUGGGGGAAAGAUUGCUUAGAAUUCAAGCCAGAGAGAUGGAUCUCCGAGCGAGGAGGGAUCAAACACGAGCCAUCAUUCAAAUUCCCAGCAUUUAACGCCGGUCCUAGGACUUGUAUAGGGAAGGAAAUGGCGUUCAUUCAAAUGAAAAUAGCCGCCGCUACCAUCAUAUACAAUUAUCAUAUCCAAGUAAAAGAUCAAGUAAUUUUUCCAAGUGCUUCUGUUAUCGCUCAAAUGAAACAUGGUCUGAAAGUUAGACUCAUCAAAAGGGUUCCUGUUGUGUCCAAUUGAAAAUCCGAACCAAGAUGGAUAAUUCGUCUCCUUGCUCGUCUCUGUUUUUUUCUCCAUCGUUUCUUUUCUUUGUAAAAGCAUUUGCUAUGAAUAAAUUUUUCUCUUCUUUCGA